CACUCAACCAAAGCUCUUCAAUGUCUUAUAGAUAAACAUAUACAUUCAUAGAGUUGUCAAGAAAUUAUGAAACAAAUGGAUCGAAAGAUCGCACCGGAAGCCUUGAGCAAGGAGGAGUUUGAUAGUGUUGUGAUAUCGGUGGAUGAAAUCGGCGCAACACCACCGAAUAUUAUCUACAAGAAUGAGGAACAAGAAGAGCAACAUGGUAACAAGCAAUGGAGGCAGGGAGCACUGUUUCUAAUGAGUUAUGUGCUCUCUCUUUUUUCAUGGAGACAGAUGAAGGAUAGUGAGAUUAAGAGGGUCGCACAUAGCUUCAAGGUUGGGCUUGCACUUGUUCUUGUGUCACUCCUUUACAUGCUUGAGGCUGUUCAUGAUAAGUUGGGUGACAAUGCUAUGUGGGCUGUCAUGACUGUUGUUGUUGUCUUUGAGUUCACUUCAGGUGCAACAAUAAGCAAAGGUUUGAACCGUGGAGCUGGAACAAUCCUUGGUUGUGGACUUGGUUCUCUUGUUGCACUCUUGUCCCAAGAGAUUGGUGGAACAGGCAAAGCAGUAGCUAUUGGUUCUUCUGUCUUUAUCUUUGGUGCCACGGCAACGUACUUUCGUUUAGCUCCAAAGAUUAAGAAGAAGUACGACUACGGAGCGUUGAUUUUCAUCCUCACUUUUAGCUUGGUUUCGGUGUCCGGUUUUCGGGGAGAUCAGAUUAUUAAACUAUCAAGAGAUCGGCUUUCAUCGAUCAUGAUCGGCUUUUCUAUUUGCCUUUUCAUUGCUAUAUUUGUUUCUCCUGUUUGGGCAGGAGAUGAACUCCAUAAUUCUCUUUCAAACAAGUUUGAUAAACUUGCAGAAUCACUUGAAGGAUGCAUGGAGGAUUACACAUGUUUGUUGGAAGGUAAAAAGGGAACUCAAAGUAUUCGAGAACGAAUUCGAAGCAACUGUCUAUCAGUUCUCUCCUCCAAAUCCAGUGAUGAAGCUUUGGCUAAUUUUGCAACAUGGGAGCCAUGGCACGGGAGAUUUGGCUUUUACUAUCCUUGGAAAAAAUAUCUUCAAAUCGGAGAUUCACUUCGAGAAUUAGCAGCAUACAUAUUCUCCCUCACAGGAUGUCUCCAAUCUAUUAAUCAGCCUCCACAAGAGUUUUUGCUGAAUGGUGUUAAAGAAAGAUGUGAAUCUACGUGCAAAUUAAUGGGAAGCACAUUGAGAGAAAUUGGGAAGAACAUCAAGAACAUGACAAGUCAUGGUCAAAGAGAUAUAAUGUUAGUGAAAUUGGAGAACUUGAGAUUGGAAUUGUGCUCUUCUACACUUCAAUCCUCAAUUGAAAUGUUAAUGAAUCAAAGUGGAGCUAUUGAAGGUGGAACAUCAUUCACUAGCUCUGUGUUUUUAUUGGGGGAGAUCAUUGGUAAGGUUGAGGUGCUUAUUAAAGAGAUUCAAGACUUCGAAAAACUAGCAAAUUUCCCUCAGAAAUAACAUGUAUAUAUAUAUAUAUAUGUAUAUUGUAAUAUUAAAAUCAUAAAGAUAGCAUGAUCAUGGUAUGAUCGUGCAAUAGAGCAAUUGUGUCUAAUGUAUGUUUAA